UCCGCCAUGUUUUCCCUCCUUGUAGCGGCGUUGCGACAGAGACGGAGAAGUCGAACGACAUGAAUGUAGAAAAUAAUCAUACGGCAGAAACAGAGAGUGGGCAAACGAAGAACGGCAACGAGACGAUCACCAUUCAGACUACAUUAGGAGAUGAAGAUGAAGAUGUGCACAAGUGCGGACGCUGUCAGACCGAGUUUUCCACGCUUGAGGCUUUCAUCCAGCACAAGCUGCACCAGAACUGCAAACGCGUGGAGGCAACCAGCCAGGAUGCCAGUCAAAAGGUUACUGAAACCAAUGGAAGUUUUUCGUCAGAGGUGAAAACAGCUGAAGGUGCAUCCUCAGAUGAACCAGUAAAGACCUCUAAUGAUGAAAACAGCAGUCUACUGGGUCGAGGUCGCAGGAAGAAAAUCGUUUCACUUAAAGUCACUGACCAUUCAGAUGGGACUGAAGGAUCCAUAUCUGACAAUGCUGACAGUGACAAGCAUGCUUACAAAGUCAACCAAGAGGGACGCUACAUUUGCCAACUUUGUGAAAAGACAUUUAAAACGACUAACAUCUUGAGAACUCACAUGAAAACUCACAGUGACCAGAAGAACUUCUCAUGUGACUUAUGCGGGACUUCCUUCCGCACAAAAGGCUCCUUGAUUCGUCACAAUCGUCGUCACACUGAUGAGCGGCCGUAUCGCUGUAACCUUUGUGGCCAGUCCUUCAGAGAGUCUGGUGCCUUAACAAGACACCUUAAGGCCCUCACGCCGUGCACAGAAAAGAUCCGCUUUGUUCAGUACAAAGAGAUCUUGGUCAGCAAAGAUGGAGUACAAAAAGGAGUCGAAGAUGAUCACGCUGCAGUGGCUGGCCAGCAGGAGGUUGUGGUUGUGGAGCAACAGUCAGAGGGACAGGAGAUGGUAGAGGCUCAGACUGCUGUCGUCAGUGUGGUAGAGGCUGGUUCCCAAGAGGUCCUCCAUCAGGUCCACUUCACAAUGGAGGUGGAUGGAACAACGCAGGAGCAACAGGUCGUGGUAGAGCAGUCUCAGGCCGAAGCCCUGGCUGCUGCUGCUGCAGCAGGCGACAAUCUCAUCUGCCAGGCCAUCAUCAACUCUGGCAUUGCACUGGAGACAGAGGAAGCCGUGGUUGAGGAGACCUCACAGGCAACCGAGGAGAUGGAUAAAGUGGUUUCUGACUGUCCGGAUACUGAUGAGGGUGUUACCGAGAUCCAGGUUAAAGAAGAGUUUGUGGAGAUGGAGGCAGAGGAAGUCAGUGACGGAGGUCAUCAGACAUCCUCAAGACUGUACACAUGUCCACACUGUAAUCGCUCCUUCAAGGGACUGAAUUACUUCCGCUUCCAUGUCAAGGGCCAUUUGGGUUACAAGCCCUUUAAGUGCACACUAUGCCACAAGGAGUUUCUGACUGGUUACCUGCUGAAGAAACACAUGGAAGUCCAUGUCAGUGAGAGGAGGUAUAAGUGUGGUGAGUGUGGCAAGCUGUACAAAACCAUCGGGCAUGUACGUGAGCACAUGAGGGCCCACUCGGAUGAGAGACCCUACCACUGUGCCAGAUGCAACAAGGGGUACAAGACCAAGAAUGCCUUGCAGGUGCACCAGCGGACCCAUGGUGAUGAGAAACCUUACGUAUGUCAGUUCUGCUUGAGAGGCUUCAGGGAGAAAGGUUCCCUGGUGCGACACAUCCGCCAUCACACCGGAGAGAAGCCUUUCAAGUGCCCAAAGUGCAGGCGAGGCUUUGCUGAGCACGGGACUCUCAAUCGGCAUAUGCGUGCUAAAGGAGGCUGCCAUAAGGACGAUUCCAGCGAGCAGCAGGGUGCGUUAACAGAGGAGCAGGUGUCUGUGGACAGCCUCGCUACAGCAGCCAUCAUCUCAGACGAUCCUCACGCUGUCCUGGUGGAAUUCUCCUCAGUGGUGGCAGACACACAGGAGUACAUCAUCAAGACUCAAACAGAGGAGGACGUGCAGGAAGAAGAGGUUACACUCAUUCAAGACAGCCAAAACGAGAUGGGAAACCACAUCAUGAAAGUGGUGCAACGGAUUGUCAGCCAGUCGCAUGGCACCGGCGGCACAGGCAGCCACCAGAUCAUUGUGCGCAAUGUGGCGAUGAACGAGGAGGGCGCGUCCAUCUCCGACUGUGGUGACACCAUCACCAUCGCUACGCCCGAAAGUCUGACGGAGCAGGUGGCCAUGACGCUGGCCUCCGCCAUCAGUGACGGCACGCUGCUGGCCACGGCAGGCACCGUGGAGACGGCAGACGGAACAGUUACUAUGGUUACCACAGAAGAAACGGUGGAAGAGGGAAUACAGAUGGUGGAGCAGCAAGAGGAAUAUGUUAUCACCUCCCCAGAGGAGACAAACGGUGAAAUUCCUUCUUUCUUGGACUACCUAAAAUAGCAUCAUUUCAUCGUUGUUUUCACUUCUCCUCUCUGAUGUCCGGGUCGGCUGCAGUCAAGUUUUGAAACUCCUCGUCUCCACUUUGAAAUGUGACACCUUUUUAAAGACCGACCGAUCUUGUGCGUGUGUGCCUGCCUGUUUGAGGCCAUGCAGGGAGUGUAUGAGCCUCCCAUGGUACAGUGUUGUUCUUCUGAGCUAAGCAUGACUGAUGAACCCGACAUUAAAAUGUGUUCAGUUUGCUCAAGCAGAGUUUGCAUCAAAUAAAUGCUAUUUUCUUAUACA